AUGGACGAAGUCGCAGUAUUCCGGUCGUCAAAGCGCAGGAAAAUCAAUCGUACCCAGCACGAGAGAUCACCAGAACCUCAAACCCUCCCCGAAUCGACCCCAAUAGGGGAUGGAGACCAGCAGGGCGAUAAGGCCGACGCCCAGCAGUCAGACGCCUCCGAAGUCGAUCUCUCUAAUCUGAUCCGGGCUAGAAAACAUGUCCGCAAACCCGUCGCUGGUGUCCAAUUCUCAAACACAAAGACAACACACAGACUGGACGCCGACGGAUCCCAAUCAGCCACCUUCAGAGCGGAACAAGCCAUCGACAAGCCGAUAGACAUCGGCAAUCGGUUUGUCAGCAGCACUGGGCAGGUGAUUGAUGUCGAUCAACAUAUGGUUGCAUUCAUAGACGCUGAAUUGGCUCGACGGCGAAUUCGCACUGUUUCUCCAUCAAACCCUACACCGCAGGUUCGGGAAACUGAUUCCGCCUCUCAGUUGACGACGUCCAACAGAUCGACUACAGCACCAGUACAGCCGGCUAGUCAAUCCCUUCCAGCCUCGGUUCGCCAGCUGUCCGAAGUCGAUCUAGGCUCUUCGGCGCACGACCUCAACCUUGCGCGGACCCAGGCCGCCCUGCAGCGCGCCAUAUCAGGUCAGCCCCCUAUGGCAGAGGAACUGCCGGCGCCGAAACCUCGCAAGCCGCGGAUCGGUCGUGACGGGAAGCCGAUGAGGCCUCGACCGCGGAAACGGAGGAACAGCGAGGACAUCGCGCGCGACGCGCUGGUGGAGCAGGUGCUGCACGAGCAUAAGCUGGACAUUUACGAUGUGAACGAUCCACAGCGUUCCAAGGACUCGGCUGGGACAGAUGCUGAGGGAGGUGAUGCCGAUGAGCGGCUAGCCGAGCAAUUCCGGCAGGAGUUCAUGGACGCCAUCGCGGAUAGACAUCACAGGCACAAGGCCGCCAGCCAAUCCAAGACAUCGGCGGGAGCCGCAACAGAGUCUAGAGGACCCAAAUUGGGAGGAAGCAGGAGCGCGAGAGCAAAGAUGGCGCUGAUGAAGCAGCAGCAACAGCAACAGGGUCAGCCGUCCGGUAAGAAGUAG